AUGGUGCAGAUUCACACAAUUCGACAAGCAGCACCCAGGACGCCAGGUCGUCUCGGGAUCGAUAUAGAGGAUGAAACUGUGCCAGAUUUCACACCAUCCCAUCCGUCGCAAGCCCAACAGCGAGAACCAUCAAACAUUACAAGGGCUACGGCAGCGGCCCCGGUCUUCGUUAUUCGAGACCUUGCUACAGAAAUUGGCGUGGAAUCUCCAACAGCGACUCGGAGUGCUCAGACAGCAACGGACAUUGGAGACUCGGACUUGAUUGUAGACGGCCUUGUGUCGAAUCAGCAGGCUUCGGCCCUGCUCACGAUAUUCAAUGAGCACUAUGGUCGCUGGGUAUUCUUUGACGCCCAGAUCUCUUCGGAUCACCUCUUUGAAGAAGUCAAAAAAUCACCGCUUCUGUUAUGUUCCUGCUGUCUUAUCGCUGUUCGACAUACCAACGAAGAAAUUGCAUCGAGCCUAGCACCAGAGCUAUUUGAAAAGUCGAAGACGCUAUUAUCCACGGCACUACUCUCCACAACGCAAAAUAUUGACUUCUUUCAGGCAGCUCUCAUCUUAUGCAUGUGGUCCACCACGGUCGGACAAGUCCCUUUGAGCAUCGAUAGCUGGCUGCUGAGUGGUUUCGCGAUUCAACAUUGUAUUUCCAGUGAUCUCUUUGGAAAUGUCCUCAACCAGAGCUCUCCAAGCACCAAGCGUGACCUGGGACUGUUGAGGCUCUGGAAUCAUCUUUGCUUGGUGCACUUGCACUACUCUGUAGGGACGAGGCGCAAAUCUAUGAUCGGUCGCGCGCAAGUCGACAGAUGUCGAGACAUUCUGGCUUCUGAUCAUGCAACUAAUUUCGAAGCACGGAUGGUGGCAGAAGUCUGCUUGUACUGGAUUUUGUACGAAAACUGCUGUUUGGCAGAUGUCGAUCUUCCCAAGGCACAAUCUGCCUUGCAUCAAUGGAGACAAGACUGGAAGAUUGUUCUAGAUCAGCCACGGUCACAGUUUCUCGAAAUGGGCUUUCGGUUUGCUCAGCUGCUUGCAUAUGAUCAAUCUCUGAAGACUCGAUCCGCAAGCGUCCGAGAAAGUCUGCUGUCAGAGAUGGUUCGUCUUUCGGCUGCAAUCAUGACGCUUGCAAUGGAAACAACAGAUGAGCGCACGAAGCACUUGAGCGACCACAUAUACCAUAUGAUCACCUUCGCUGCGGUUACUCUUUGUAGACUCUUACAUAUGUAUGAAGAGCAGUUGGCGCGCUCUCACGACAUCGCGCACCUGGACACGCUGAUUUCGACGCUUGUACCAUGGCUCAAGUCUAUCGGACUCUCCUGCCACGCCGCCUUCACGCUCGGCGAUAUUGUCGCUGCUUUCCACAAGAAGUUGCGCCCUCUCGCGGGACCAUCGUCGACGGCAUCUGACGAGCAGAACAUCUGGGCAGAUAUGUCAUUCUGGGCUUCCUUCCCCGAUAUCCUUGGGCCAGAACCGACGAACACUACUACUUGGGACUUUUUACCGAACUGGGAGCCAUUCAAUGAAGCCAAUUUCUAA